AUGCAUGAUCUUGGCCUUGGUUAUAUCACCAUAGAUGCAUGUGUGAAUGAUUGCAUACUAUAUUGGAAGGAGUAUGAGCAUUUAGAUACAUGCCUUAAUCCGAUGUGCAGAGCCCCUCGAUGGAAGCAUGGUUUGGGUAAAUGUAAGAAGAUUGCUCAAAAGGUAGUUAGAUAUUUUCCUUUGAAACCUAGACUUCAAAGAUUAUUUAUGUCGAAGGAAAUUGCUAAGGAUAUGAGGUGGCAUAAAGAAAAGCGGGUAAAUGAUGAUGUUAUUAGGCAUCCAGCUGAUGCUGAGGCAUGGAAAGAGUUUGAUAAGGAAAAUGAUUGGUUUGCUCGAGAUCCUCGCAAUGUGCGACUUGGGCUUGCAAGUGAUGGAUUCAACCCAUUUGGCAAUAUGAGCACCAGUUAUAGUAUGUGGCCGGUCAUUCUACUUCCUUACAAUUUGCCACCUUGGAAAUGUAUGAAGGAGCCAUUUUUAUUUUUAUCCAUGCUUAUACCAGGUAAGGAUUCUCCUGGUAAUGAUAUUGAUGUUUAUUUACGACCAUUAAUAGAUGAACUAAAAGAAUUAUGGGAAAAUGGUGUGGAGACAUUUGAUUCAUAUAGUAAUGAAAAUUUUCAAUUACAUGCUGCAUUGUUAUGGACUAUAAAUGAUUUUCCCUUAUGGAAUGUUAUCGGGUGGAGUACAAAGGGAAAAUUAGCAUGUCCAGUUUGCAACAAAUGGACAUAUUCACUUACUUUAAAGAAUGGGCAGAAGCAAUGUUAUAUGGGUCAUCGUAGAUAUUUGGAUAAACAACAUCCAUUGAGGAAAAGUAAAAAGUUUAAUGGUAAGAUAGAGUAUCAAGAAAAACCCAAAGAAUUAUCAGGAGACGACAUACUUAUCCAAACAUCUUAUAUUCCACAAGAUGUGAAAUUUGGAAAGCCAUGUAAUAAAAGGAAGCGUAAGCGUACAGAACAAGAGCUGAAUUGGACUAAAAGGAGUAUAUUUUUUGAACUUCCUUAUUGGAAAACAUUGAAGUUACGCCACAAUUUGGAUGUGAUGCACAUUGAGAAAAAUAUAAGUGAAACCAUUAUAGGGACGUUGUUGGCAAUAGAUGGGAAGACAAAAGACAAUGUCAAGACUCGUUUGGAUUUGGAAGAAAUGGGUAUAAGAAAAGAAUUGCACUUGCAAAGAGAUGGUGACAGGAUUUUAAUGCCAUUAGCAUGUUACACUUUACCAUUAUCAGAAAGGAAGAAGUUUUGUGAAUGGUUAAAAUUAAUUAAGUUACCUGAUGGUUAUGCCUCUAACUUGUCUCGAUGCGUAAAUGUUGAUGAUUGUAGAUUAUCAGGAAUGAAAAGCCAUGACUAUCAUGUAUUUUUACAAUGA